CUCAAGCCCGCAUUGAUCCCCUCGAAGGCCACGCUAUUGCCGUCUCCACAUGCCCUUCUUCGGCGCACGCGUGUCGCUCCUCGUCCUCGCCGUGGCCGCCUUUGCGGCGUGGCGGCGCGCGUACGGCCCGAUCGGCGCGUCUCAGCUGCUCGAUGAGUACGACUACAUCGUCAUCGGCGCCGGGUCCGCCGGGAGCGUCAUCGCCGCCCGCCUCUCUGAGGACGCGGACGUGAGCGUGCUGCUCAUCGAGGCGGGAGGCGAGUCGGGCAUCAAGCACAGCAUACCAGCGGCGUGCGGCGACGUGCAGCUGGUCGACGGAGACUGGCAGCUCAAGACGACUCCGCAGAAAACGUCGCACCGUGCCUACACGGACCAAAAGUCCAACUGGCCGCGGGGCAAGCUCCUCGGCGGCUCGUCGCAGCUCAACUACAUGGCGUACGUGCGCGGAGACGCGGCGGACUACGACUCGUGGGCGGCGAUGGGCAACCCAAGCCUAGAAGCGGAGCACGUAUUCUUUUUUUGCAACCCUGGCUGGGACUGGGAGUCGGUGCUGCCCUUCUUCCUGCAGUCCGAGGACGCGACACUGGCGCGCGAGACAGGGGCCGGCGCGCUCAACUCGUCGGCGCACGGCUUCGGUGGGCCGCUGCCCGUCCGGUACAAGAGCCCCGCCAACCCGCUGGCAGAGGCGUUUGUCCAGUCUGCAGUGGCGGCGGGCCACCCGCUUCGCGACUACAACGACGGCGACGCGAGCGGAGCGUCUCGCUUCCAGCAGACGGUGUUUGGGAGCGGGCGGCGCGGCAGCACGGCGGAUGCGUUUCUGUACCCCGCCAUGGGGCGAGCCAACCUGCACGUUCUCACGCACGGCCUCGUCAGCAAGCUCCUCCUCGCCAGCGAGGGGACCGGCGGGGAGGGGCGCGGCGCGCGGGUGGCGGCGGUGCAGGCCCGUGUCGGCGGCCCAGAGGGGGAGGGGGAGGAGGUGCGCAUUCGCGUGCGGCGCGAGGCGGUGGUGUCGGCUGGAGCGGUCGGGUCGGCGCAGCUCCUCCUCCUCUCGGGCAUCGGGCCGCGCGAUCAGCUCGAGAAGGUUGGGGUUCCGACUGAGGUGGACCUUCCAGGCGUCGGCCAGAACCUGCAGGACCACCUCGCGAUGUUCUACACCUUCUUCGUCAAGGGCGCGGACGCGGUGACCAAGGCCAAGGCCGAGAGCCCCGCGGCGCUGCUGCAGUGGCUGCUGCGUGGCGAGGGCCACCUCUCCUCCUCGAGCUACGACGCCGUCGUGCACGGCCGCACCCCGCUCGCCGCCGCCGGCGAGGGACCCGACAUGCAGGUGGGCCUCUUCGUCGGCGCGGGCGACGAGAAGCUCUUCCACGACAACAUCGGCGUGAGCAGGAGCGCGUGGGGGCACCUCCAGUCCCCUAAGCACAAGGCGGGCGAGGAGGAGGGCGUCACGCUCGUCCCGCUCGCCUCCGCCGACCCGGCCGUGCCGCCGCUCAUCGACCCGCGCUACCUGAGUGACGAGGCCGACCUCGACGCUUGGGUUGAGAUCCUGACAGCGGCCAACCUGCUGGUCGCCCAGGAGCCGCUCCGCUCGCUCGUGACGGGCGUCACGGCGCCGCACCCGGCAGACCUCGGCCUCGGGGACGCCUACCCGGAGUACGACGCGAUGAGCCCGCUCGACUUCUACCAGCUACCAAAGGCGCGGCUCGCGCGCUACUGGAAGGCGACGGUGCAGCACUUUGGCAUGACCCUCUACCACCCGGUGGGCACCUGCAAGAUGGGACCACCCUCGGACCCGCUCGCCGUGGUGGACGCCUCGCUCCGCGUGCGCGGCGUGGCGGGGCUGCGCGUGGCGGACGCCUCCGUCAUGCCGAAGCUGCCGUCGGCCAACACCAACGCGCCGACCAUUAUGAUUGGCGAGAAGGCCGCCGCGAUGAUCCGGAGGGACCGCGUGGGAGAGGAGGCCGCCGCGAGCUCCUCUCUCUGAGACCUGCCCUGUGCCCUCUUUUGGUCUCCCGCCCCUCACGCCGACGCGACAACGCAGCACGUCUCACGCCCGCCUCCCUCUCUUACAUAGUCCUUCUUUGCUCACGUCUCUCAAGUUCAACCUUUUGUGUUGAACAUCCUCUCUCUCUGUUUGUAUAUUACUUAUCUCGUACAUAUAGAGCCCCC